AUGGAUGCUUUGCAGCUGCGGGUCUCCGGACUAACGGGUCCGCUGUGCGAGCUCGCUCUCGGCGCACCGUGCACCGUGCAGGAUGUGAAGGAGGCUUUGCAGGACAAGCUGGGGAUCCCUGUGCAGGAGCAGCGUCUCCUGGUCGGCAGUGAGGAGCCAGAUGUAACCUGCUUGCUUUCUGCAACUGAUGGCGGCCUGGAUGUUUCGCUUCUGCGGUGCCUAAAACUGUCUUCCGAGCUCUGGGCACAUUGGGCGGAAACUCUGCAAGAGGAUGGAAUGGAGUUGCUCUUUGCUCCUGAGGAGGUCCAAGCAGAUCGCGAGCUCGUGAUCCUGGCGGUUCAGCGCUGUGGCGAUGCUCUGGCACUGGCCGCGGAGGAACUCCGGAGUGAUCGCGACGUGGCCAUGGCCGCAGUUUCGCAAAACGGAUUGGCCCUGUCGUUUGCAUCGCCAGAAUUGAAGGCAGACAAGGAUGUCGUGCUGCGUGCAGUUCGACAGAAUGGCCUGGCCCUGCGUCAUGCGACAGCCGUGCUGCAGAGGGACCCCGAUGUGGCGUUGGCGGCCGUGGAGCAAAACGGCUACGUCAUUGCCGAAGCCAGCUUCGAAGCUGCUUUGCGCGAAGAUCGUCAAAUAGCGUAUGCUGCUGUCUCCUACGAUGGCUGCACUCUCAAGCAUGUCGGGCAGGAGCUACGGAAAGACCGACAGCUCAUCCUGACAGCUGUGAAGUCCAAUGGAAAUGCAAUUCAAUGGGCUGAUGCCCGUUUCAGGUCCGAUCGGGAGGUGAUGAUGGCUGCAGUACGCUAUCAUGGCACGUUGCUGCGGUGCGCUUCGGAGGAGCUCCGAAAUGAUCGUCAAGUUGUGCACCAGGCUAUCCUGGGGCAUGGAUACGCGCUGUCCUACGCAUCUCACGCUCUGCGUUCAGAUCCAGAGUUGAUCACACUGGCAUCCCGCCCAUAUUGCCAUAUUCCAGUCCGACUGGAAGCCGGGAAAAUCGUUUACGUGGAGGAGGGUGAAGAACGCGGCUGA